UAACAGUUAAGCGAUUAAAAGUUGCAAUGCAAAUCAGACCAAAAUUAAGCGUGUUUUGCGUAUUAUUAUCCCAUUAAACUAUUACUAGCUUGAAAGUCACAAUCCCAGCUUACUUGUGAAUUGGGUCUUACUCAGAAUAAAUUCAAAUUAAUCUAGACUGUCGUGUUUGAGAUUGUGAUUGAACAAGCAGGUAUAACAUGGAUGGGGUUGGGCACAAUUUUAGUGCAAGCCACUAGCAAGAAAGAAAAUCAUGUACUAGGAGAGACUUUUUCUUUAUACUGCACUUGUCCAUUUACCUUCAAGCAAAUGUUAAGAAAAAUACAAUUAGGUCAGCGGUUGCUGUAUUGCUUGCUUAUGUUGCUAAAAUAUGAACUGCUUUGUUCCCUCCCUGAAGUUACGAAGAAAGCCAAUGAGAUUCGAAAGGUCUUCUCUAGCAUUAAUCAUUACAAAAAUUCAUCAAUUUCUUAUCUCUGUAAGCCAUUUAACAAACUAAAAUCAAAACAAUUAACUACUACAAGUUGCAGUGCUCCUUGUUAAAAAGGACAAAAAUAUUUAUACUAUUAUGUUUAAUAAGCUCUGGUCCACACCUGUGAACGGCAGAAAGGCACAAUCAUUGCAAAUAAAAUAAAGAGAUGAUGGCGUAUUCAGGCCAUUGUUUAUUUUUGUGAUAUAUUAAUAGAUGAAACUUGUCCAAUCAGAAGUUCUCAUUGCAUGGAGAAAAAAAGAAAAUAAAGAAACAGAACUUGAUUAAGAAUUAACAAAAAGGAUUCAAUCAUCACUGAUCUUGGAUCUUCUGCUAUGGUAAUGGAGAUGCAAUACUCCACCUUUCCUAUGCUUAUUGCCUUCCUUCUCUUUGCAACGAUAGCCGCGAAGCUAUUGAAGAGAUCCAAGAUUCAGAAUAAACUGCCUCCAGGUCCUAGAAAGCUUCCACUUAUUGGGAACUUGCACCAGUUAUCUAGUUCAUUACCCCACCAUACAUUCAAGAAUUUGGCAAAGAAAUAUGGCCCCGUGAUGCACCUACAACUCGGUGAAGUUUCUGCUCUUAUUGUAUCAUCACCACAAGUAGCAAAAGAAGUAUUGAAGACUCAUGACUUAAUCUUUGCAAAUAGGCCACAACUUCUUUCUUUGGAGAUUCUGAGCAACAACAGCCCCAGUCUCUCUUUCUCUCCUUAUGGGGCUAACUGGAGACAGCUUAGAAAAGUAUGUGUCUCGGAGCUUCUAAGUGCAAAGCGUGUUCAAUCAUUUGAGUCGAUCAGGAAAGAGGAAGUAGAGAAUCUUAUUGAAGCAAUUUCCUCGACACCACCACAAGUUCCUAUUGAUAUCAGUAAAAUCAUCUUCUCGAUGACGAAUAACAUAACUGCAAGGGCAGCCUUUGGUAAGAAAUGCACACACAAAGGUGAGUUUAUCGCAGCUAUGAAAAUAAUUACAAAGCUAUCAGGGGGUUUUGACAUACCAGAUUUAUUUCCUUCCUUCAAAAUUUUCCACUCAUUAAGUGGAGUGAGGCCUGCACUUGAGAAAGUACGCCAAAAGGUUGAUAAGAUCCUCGAGGAUAUAAUAGAAGAGCAUAAGGCUAAUAGGAGAGAGAUGAGCAGUAACGUGUUGCAUAAAGAAGAUUUGGUUGAUAUUCUACUUAGGGUUCAAGAAAGUGGUGAUCUAGAAAUUCCCAUCUCAAGAAACACUCUCAAAUCUGUCAUUUUGGAAAUGUUCAUAGGAGGAACUGACACAUCAUCCACAGUGUUAGAGUGGGCUAUUUCAGAAAUGAUGAAGAAUCCACUAGUGAUGGAAAAAGCACAAGCUGAGGUAAGAAAGGUUUUUGAAGGGAAAAGUAAAAUCACAGAAUCGGAAAUUCAAAAGCUAGAUUAUAUGAAAUUGGUUAUCAAAGAGACGCUACGAAUGCAUCCACCUUUACCAUUGUUACUACCAAGAGAAGCUAACGAAAAGUGUGAAAUCGGUGGCUAUGAGAUACCUGCGAAAACCAAAGUCAUCAUCAAUGCAUGGGCAAUAGAUAGACAUCCAGAGCACUGGAAAAAUGCUGAAUGCUUUGAACCAGAAAGAUUCCAAGAUUCAGCUUUUGAUUUCAUAGGGACUAAUCUUGAGUACAUCCCAUUUGGAGCUGGCAGAAGGAUAUGUCCAGGGACAAUAUUUGGAAUUGCGAAUGUUGAACUUCCACUUGCCAAACUACUCUUUCAUUUUGACUGGAAACUCCCUGAUGGAAUGGAAGCAAAUGACCUUGACAUGACAGAGACUUUUGGGGCAAUAGCAGGAAGGAAGAAUGAUUUGUACUUGGUUCCAAAACCUUAUAUUCCCAAAUCCUAAAACUGAUGCACAAGUAUGCACAUGAAAUAAAGUUUCUUUUAUUCUUUUUCCUCUG